AGUGCAGCAGAUGCGGGGCGGGACUCGGUCACUGUCCAAGUUGUUGCAAAACUUCAGCCUGAAACCAGCAGAUCGAGACAAAAAGGGAAGACAUCUGUCCGUGCACUUGUGGAUACUACGACCAUGGCAGAUGAAGCAGCGGUGGUGGAGGAAGGCGUCAGCCCGGCCCAGAGCCCCCUGGUCUCGGUCACCUUCCAGAGGAACAUCCACAGGAACCAGAAGUACCUGGAGGCUGAGCCCAAGUCCCUGGGGGUCACUCAGAUUGGCCUGAGUAUGUUUCAGAUCAUCUGUAUGUUUGUGUUUCUGGCCAAAGGCCUGACUCACUUAGAUACUGACAUCCCCUACUUCAUUUCAACUCUACUGGUGGUAAUCGCCGGGAGUGUGGCGCUAGCGGCACAGAACCUCCAUCUGCCAACGCUGAGAGCCUGUCUGGGGAUGCAGAUUGUGGCGAGUGGCGCGUCCCUGUUCAACAUGAUCUCCUCUCUGGUUAAAAUGGACAACACGCCCCCCUUUUGCUGGCACUAUUACUAUGACAACAGCACACUUCGAUUCGGGGAAAUCUGCCAUAAUAUUGAGAGUACCCGCUCCCACUUUUUCGCUGAGGCUUCGCUCGUCAACGCUGUCCUGCUGGCCAUCUCCGUCACUCUGGCCGCCUACUGCUGCAAGGUUGUCAACUGCUGCGCCCCAGCCCCCAAAAUGACGGUGAUCACUGUACAAACCCCUGCCGUCCAACAGUGAGGCGACACAUGCAAAAGGGAUGUAACACACUUAGUCACACACUAAUGCUAACGUCAAAGCUGCAUUAACACUUUUAUACUAACAAUGGACGACACGACUUAUGGUGUGUGAUGUGAAAUGACUUCCUCUCUGCUCCACGGAGCCGUCCAGCCUCUUCUAGCUCGUUUGUUUUGCUUCUCAUACAAGCCUCGCGUUUCAAGUCACACCUGUUGAAAGCUAAAAAAAAAAUCUCUGAUGAAGCCACUUGUUCGCUGUGUGCUCCGGAGCAACCGGCAGACACUCACAGUCAGAGCGCAGCAGGUGAACAUGGAGCAUAAAGCAGCUGUCAGGAACUAACAGGACUGUCACUGUCUAUGUUUGCUGAAGAUGUUGUUGAAGUUGUCUGAAAACUACACAUGCAGCUUUAGUGUAAAUUUACAACGUCCUCACACAUGACUCAACAGUUUUUCCAUUAGAUCUGUUUUUGCAUGUAUUCAUUUCCUCAUGUGGAUUUAUCACAGGCCCUGUCCAGACCAGGGUCGUAGUCUAUAAUUGUAGUAAUGAUGUGAAAAUGUUGGAUGAGAGUAGAAAUAGGGACAAUUAAUUUUACACGUUAGAAUUAACCAUAUCUUGUGCUGAAGGUACGAGAAGGUAAAAUGAUUCAACUAUAUCAGGGCAAUUACAUUUCAUUUUAAUGCUUAUUAUGCACAUUAAUGCUUUGCUGAAAAUACUUGUGCUUGGAUUUUUGGUAACUUUAUGAAGAUACUUUGUGACGAUCACUGCGAAUUAAUGCUUCACUGAUGUAUCCUUUGUCACUGCAAUUCACAACUAUGAACAAUAAAACGUUA